AUGCCGAGGCCAUCACUCUCUGGCCCAUCAUGGUCACCUGCAACACCUCAAGGGUCCUUCGUCACCGCGCCCUUUUCUCAGCCACAAUAUAGUCAAACGCCGAUUCCGCCUCCCAAGAUUCCAGGCCACCCGACACCAGUAGUGCCGCCACGUCAGGCACCGUCAGCAAUCGCACCGCAAGUUGCACAAGACCCUAUGGUCCCGGCUUUACGAGCUGCGCAGGCUGAAGGCGAGAUGAAGGCUCGUCAAGUCCUUGGUCCUCUAUUUUCCAGUUCUACAGUUGCUUUCCUACUUCCUCAUGCCGCUCGUAUGAAAGAGGGCGAGUGGACUGCUGUUCGUAGAGCUCUAGAGCGUGACCCGCGAGCUCGUGACGAUUUACAACUUCUGAGCAAGCUUUUGACUGAAGAGGGCAACAAUCACCGUAAGAAUGGUCCGCAGCCCAACCCAGCUCCAUCUAGUGUCGCCCAGACUACGCUUGCCGCAACGAUUGAAGGCUCUGCGCCAGCGGUGCAGCCUAAUACAUGA